AUGAGUGGUCCUCUUUGCUCUGCUCGUAGACCUGAUCAAUCUUUCUUCCCUCCUCCUCCUAAUCGAGCUCCUGAUUCCUCCUUUACCGUUGAUGUUCCAUCUGAAGAUGUUGUCGUCUCGAGAAACACAAAUCUCUUGAGAUCUGGACAAUUAGGGAUAGUUUCUGCUUCUAGGUUCCCCACUGCUCUGUAUGAUGAUGCUAGAGGUUGGGCUAAGGGAUUUGCCUCCUUUGUUCGUAGAUGUGAAGAAAAAUGCAUUGAGGUUGAUUUGCCUAUGACUAAAGCAUUGGUGUCUCUUAGAAGUAUAUGGGACCUUAUAUUCUCCAUUAACAUUCUGCUUCAGUUUCGGUUGGCCUAUGUAGCUCCUGAGUCUAGGAUAGUUGGUGCAGGCCAGUUAGUUGAUCAGCCUGGAAAAAUUGCUCGCAAUUACAUCCGAGGAAAGUUUUGCCUUGACCUAUUCAUAGUGUUACCCAUUCCACAGUUAGUGAUAUUAUGGUUACUACGAUCGGAGUUAGGCCUGCCCAUUCCAGAAUCUGACAAACACAUUAUACGCGCGAUACUUCUUUUUCAAUACAUUCCAAAGUUAUAUAGACUUCUUCCACUUCUAGCGACCGGCUUCAUAUUUGAGUCAGCUUGGGCUAAUUUUGUUAUUAAUCUUCUCACCUUCAUGCUUGCUGGUCAUACUGAUUUCAGAGAGUUCAAAAAUGCUUGGAAUAAUUCUUUGGAAGAACCUAUAAAUAUUGUUGAUUGUGUUGGUGGAAUCUAUGAAUUGGAGUCACUACGACCUCUGUGGAGAGAGAGUGCCAGUGUCAAUGCUUGUUUUCAAGAGAAUGGUUUUACUUAUGGGAUCUAUUUGAAGGCAGUCAAUCUUACCACUCAAUCUAGUUUCUUCACAAGAUACAGUUACUCUCUGUUUUGGGGAUUCCAGCAAAUCAGCACGCUUGCUGGAAACCUAUCUCCAAGUUACUCAGAAUGGGAGGUGUAUUUCACAAUGGGUAUCAUUGGACUAGGGCUUUUGCUUUUUGCGCGGCUUAUUGGUAAUAUGCACAACUUCCUUCAAGCUCUUGACCGAAGGAGGAUGGAAAUGAUGCUGAGACGGCGUGAUGCGGAGCAAUGGAUGAGCCAUAGAUUGUUGCCGGAAAACAUAAGAAAGAGGGUGCGAGAGGCAGAGCGGUUCAAUUGGGCUGCGACUAGAGGAGCUAACGAGGAAUUGCUUUUUGAGAAUAUGCCUGAAGAUCUUCAGAGAGAUAUAAAACGCCACCUCUUCAAAUUUCUCAAGAAGGUGAGAAUAUUUUCGUUGAUGGAUGAAUCAAUCUUAGAUUCAAUCCGCGAGAGGCUCAAACAGAGGACUUACAUAAGGAAAGGUGACGUGUGUGGUGAAGAACUUCUAACUUGGUGCCUCGACCCUCGAACGCUCUUCAAUAAACCCCGAUGGGACGAGGAGAAAGAUGCCGCAAAAGGGACUGGUUAG